GCAGCUGAAACUUUCCAAUCGCCGGGGGAGUGGCUCCGCCCUCUCCGUGAGCGAGGGGUUCCUGGUGAAGCACUAUGCUGGAUGGGUGGAGUACACCACGAAGGGAUGGUUGGACAAGAACAAUGACCGUCUUCUUCCAGAGUGUGAGGAGCUUAUAUGUGACUCAACCUUCCCUUUCGUGGCUUCCCUUGGCGAAGACGAUUCCUCAAAGGCACUCUUCCGGUCCAUCAGCAAGAAGUACUGUACCGAUCUGGAAAGCCUUCUCGAGACGCUGAACACCUGCCAGCUGCACUACAUCCGCUGCUUCAAGCCAAACGACUUCCAAGAGCCUGCUAUCUUCGAUCAAUCAUUGGUCCUUGAUCAGAUCGUUCAGUGCGGUACUAUUGAGCUGGUUCGGAUCAUGCAUGACGGCUACCCAAACCGGUGCCCUUUCGAUGAAAUUCUGGGUCGAUUCAGAAGCCUUUUACCAGAGAGUUUUCAGCGCUAUGGCAUGCGAACGUUCAUCGAAGCACUGAUGUUGGCCUACGGCAUUCCCCAU